CCUAGAGGGAACGAAAAGUGCGAGGACACCUAGACCUACGUUCAAAUAAUAAUCGUGUGGAAACAGGCUGAGACUCAAGUGUGAUUUCGGGUGAUCAACAGGUAAUAUCGUCGCGAUCUGGCAAAGCGGCAGGAAAGACCAGGAUGUACUCGGCGAACGUGCGCGCCGGUGUCGCUCUCCGCACGUUAAGCGUGCGAGGGUUGCACGGUAAUGCGGAGUCGGUCGAAGUGUGCACGGAGAUCGUGAACCGGAACCCGCGAAACUUGGAACGGCUGAGGAUAGCGAGGAAGCCCAGCGGUUAUCAUCUCAACAAGCCCGGACAUUCGUACUGGCACAAAUUAUUCUUGGUUAAGAAGCCACACUACAUUAUUGCGGAAGUCCGCCACUUUGAGAAUGGACCGGUCGUUACAGUUUCCAGUAAGGAAUGGGCAUUGAAGAAGCAGCUAUAUCGGACGACUGAUAGUUCAGCUUAUAUUAAUAUAGGACGAGUGUUGGCUCAGCGUUGCCUAGAGGCUGGAAUCUGUGAAAUGGAGAUUGACAGCUCAUUAAUUGGAAGCAAAUGUGAAUUGUUCAUUAAAGAAUUGGGAAAGGGUAACAUUAUUCUGACUGAACCGUCAGUAUACAAAUAUCCAAAUCCUUGGGACAGGUAUCGACCAGAAAAGCCAUGGGAUAUCCAUGAAUAGUCUGCUUUGUUUCUGUAUAGUAAUGUGUGAACAGAUUCUAAAAAGUAAAGUGACGAACAAAGUGUAUGUCAUGCAAAUAAUGUGUUUGAUACACUUCUAAAUGCACCUUGGUGGAAGUCAAAUAAGGUAAAACUUGGUGGUUGAUAUGAGAUAUUUUAUUAUCUUAGCAUCUAUCCACUGUGAAAUGCCGAAUUUUGUACAUUACAUUAUCUAGGAAUAAAAAUAAAUAAUUGUACAACUGUUAAAUAAAUGUCUAGUCUAUUAGA